GUUUCAGUUGUUCACUGAAAAGAAGCUGUGUUUGUCUCUACCUGAAGUUAGAAGAGUCUGCACUGUAAAAAUAUGUUCCUUUCAAGUAUCUGGAAUUAUUUUUUUCCACAAAAAUAUUGUGAAGAAUGGAGGAAAAUAACAUGGGGGAACAACCAGGCUGAUCUCAGAUUUGUUAAAAACUACAGACCUCAAGUCAAGAAUCGGACCCUCCGGAUUCUUCUGCAUGGACCACAGGGCGCUGGAAAGUCCAGUUUCAUCAACUCAGUCCAGAGUGUCCUAAUGGGCCGAAUUUACUCUCAGGCUUUGGCAAAUAACUACGCAACCGGCGGAAGUUUUACUAAUGAUUACUCAACUUAUAAAGAGAGAAAAGCAGACGGGUCAUUCUACCCGUUUGUUUUCUCUGACAUCAUGGGUCUGAGCGAAGGAGAAGAAGCCUUGGAGGAAGAUGUCAAACUGGUUUUAAGGGGACAUGUGAAGGAAGGUUACACGUUCGACCCAGACAAACAGUUGUGUCAGGGCGACAAAUUCUAUCAGGAAACUCCAAAUGCCAAUGACAAAGUUUCACGCUUUAUCUGCGUAAUUCCUGCAGAUAAAAUAGAGAUGACAAGUGAUGAAGUUGUGGAUCAGAUAAGGCGCAUCAGAGAGGAUGCCAGCAGCCUGCACAUUCCUCAGAUUGCUAUAAUCACCAAAAUUGAUGAACUCGAUCCCGAUCUGCAAAAGGAUGUAAAGAAGGUCUACAAGCUCAAAAGCAUAAAGGAAAAGAUGCAGAAAUUCAGCUCUCUUGUUGGUAUUCCCAUGAACCGCAUCUUCCCUGUGAAGAACUACCAUGAAGAAAUUGACAUGAACACAGACGUCGACUCACUGAUCCUCAGCGCAAUGAGACAUAUUCUCAACUGUGGAAAUGACUGCAUCAACUUCCACCACAACCGUGCUUGAUCUUCUUGAAAUAUAUUUGUUUUCUUUUCACUGCUUGCCCCCACAUAAUGUCAAAUUUAUGUUCAUUUUUCAGCCUUUCUAUAUUUACAAAACUAUUAAAAUCAAAUGGGUAUGAAGCUGUCUGCAGCAUUUAAAUCUCACUUUUAUAUAAAACAUAAGCUUUUUAAUGAGCUACUUAGAAUUCUUCCAUGAAUCAUGUUUUGUUGUAUUUCAUAUCAGUAGACAAAUUAUUUUAAAAUUAAACCUUUAGCUCUUUUACUAUGAA